AUGGACAACUUUCGCAAGAUCGACAUUGACCAAUACGACGAAGAUGCGAUCACAAAUGAGGAGCUGGUGGAGCCGUACCCGAAAUCAGCGGAAGAUGCGCUAGUAGAAGCCAAGGCGAAGUCCACUGAAGUUAGGACGUUGAUUGGAAGGGGCGACACAGCGGGCGCAUUGUCACUUGUUCUCUCGGACUACCCUUACGGGCCGGAAGUCGAAGAUGCAAAGCACGUAACACUGCAAUCGCUGCUCGAGAUUGUCAACAGCACCAAAUCAAGCGACAUCUCUAAUGCAGUCAAGUCGAUCUCGAUCGACCAGCGCGACGCACUUAUGAAGUAUCUCUACAAGGGACUCGAAUUGGGUGGUGAGAGAGAAGGUAUCAAUUGCGCUGUUCUCCUUGGCUGGCACGAACGGUUGACCGAGGUCGCAGGAACCGGUUGUAUCGUCCGCGUCUUGUCGGAUCGUCGUAGAGUCUAG